AUGGCAAUUGAUGAUUCAAAUUCAACUUCGCCUGAAGCUUAUUAUAAUUUUGAAGUCAAGCAAACAAGGAAAGCAGUUGUGAUCACGAAACGUAAUGAUAUGUAUGAGCGUAAUACAAAAGUUAAUAUUUCAUGUUUCGGAGGCGAUUUCAAUCCAGGCGAAAGCGUUCAAUUUUACUAUAGAAUUAACUCAGAGUCAACAAUUUAUCUUCCAAUUCGAUAUCCCGUCAAUGAAAAUUACAGUACAGACUAUUACACGUUUGAAAUCACUUUACCAGGAUAUGCAAGUAGAAAUAGUAUAUAUUUUUGGUGCAGAAGUGAAAAUCAUGACAGCGAAUAUUCAGUUAUUUAUACAACAACAAAUUCUAAUCCAAUGAUAAUUCAUAUAAAUCCGAUAAAAGAUGAAUAUGCAUCAAAUGAAUAUAUAGACAUUGAUGGAACAAUAUUUGAUGACAGUAGAGUCAAAUUGUAUUACAAAUUUGAUAGAAGAGACGUUUCAAGUUUAAAGGUCGAGUCAACAAAAAUCUGA